AUGGAGGACGCCUUCGGAGAGCAGGCGGUGACGCACAAUGUGCGGUCCGUAGGAAACGCGGAUUUUCUGUCGCUGCUGGCGGGACCCGAUGAGGGGGACAACCUCCAGAGGACCCGGAAUUCCGCAGAGGGAGAGAGGGAUCCUUUAAUUCAGCCGGCUGCCGAAGAACGGCCGGCUGAACCUGUCAUCGACGACGCCGUGAUCGAACAGAGAACGAGACUCCUUGUUGCCCGGUCAGGAAUGAAGUGGUGUCUCAGUGCGUAUGUCGUCCUGGUCCUGUUGCUCGCGGUUGUCAUCUUCUUCGAGGUGGGCUUCUGGGGCGUCAUUAUGCUGAUAGCUCUGGGUGGCGCGGGCCUCCUCCUCCUCGCAACGAUGGUCCUCGCACUUUACACGAAGAAGAAGCUAGCUGUCGUGGCUGUCCUCGUCGUUGCGAGCCUCACAUUCCUUGUCGUUCUUGCCGCGUGCGUCAGCAACGUGUUCGUUCUGAUUCGCAGCAGCCGCGCUUUGGUGUGGAGCGUGAAAGAAGGCCUGGGCGAGGUCUACUCCGUAUACCAGGACACCACUGGGAACAUCACGUCUGGCAUCGGAGGCAUCCACGAGAGUCUCCAAAAUCUUCCCAAUGGAGGUGCCAUUAGUGGCUUGAUUGGUUCCUUGCCGAGUUUGUCUGAAAGCCCUGAAGCUCGCGAAGCCCUCUCGAACGUGUCUGAACGUCUGCCUGAGGGACCGGCGCUGAAUGCAGAUUUUUUGCGUAGAGUACCGACCGGCUUCCCGGCACGCCUGCGGCAGCACGCCUCUGAGGAGGUGGAGUUAUCUGCAAGUGAAAUUUCCGAGAGCCAGGUCGAUGCGCCUAACCUGUUCUCUGGGAUCGACACAGGCAUUCCAGGAGUGCCCAGUCUGAAAAUCGGGCUUCAAAUCAAGCCAAGCGCGAACGACUGGCUUACCGUGCCCGGAUUAGAGCUACCUUCUUUCCCUGAGAUCAAAAACACCUGCCACGAGGACUACGCCGAUCCGACUAGCGCGUACCGAAAAGGCGUCAACAUCGCUAGUCAGUCCAUGGCGCGCUUCGGUCUAUUUUGUUCGUUCACGCAUUUAAACUUCUUCGAGCUGCAGCAAUGGCCCGUCAGUUGUACUGACGAAUGCGGCUUUGACCAAGAUACAGACAAAUUCAUCGGCUCGGCAAGCAAAGACAACCGUCUGGAAGCUGUCACCCAAGCUUACGAGAAGCGAGGGCUUAACGCGACAGACCCUCUCGAGACUGUGAAGAUGUGUACUGCGCUGCAGACCGCCACUUCGUGCUCCAUUUGGAACAUGUGGUACUUCCUUGUCCUGCCAGUCAUCUCGGCACUGUGGCUUCUUCUGUGCGUGUGUUCGUGCUGCGUGUUCAUUCCCGGUAUAUAUAAUGGCUCGAAAGUGCUCAGAAAGACGUCGGCGUAG